AGGAGGAAGAAGAGGAGGAGGGGGAGGGAGGAGGUGGCGGCGGCUGCUCCUCCUCGGAGCGUGAUCGCCGCCGUUAAACGAGGACAAAAAAGAAAAGAAAUAAAGCCAGGGGACAGAGAAAACUCGGAGAGGGAAGGAAAGAAGGCAGCGAGGAGGGCGAGGUUGCUGCCAAUAAAAAAGCCCUGCAAAAAUCAAAAUACAAGCCGCCGCCGCUGCCGCUGGAGGGUCGCCCAUUGGGGGAAAAAAGAAGACGCCUGGAUCUUCCCCAGGGAAGGAGCUCGUGGGAAAGGGCCGGAGGAGGGAGGUCAAGGAAAGGAGAAGGGCGUUUUGGGGAGGGGAGGAUUUGCGCCCGUCUCCCGAUCCUGCCCAUUUCUUCAAAGGCUCGUCUGGGGCCUAACUUUCUCCUCUGCCCACCUUGCCCGCGCGGAUAAAUUGUUUCGGUUGCAAGAAGCAGAAGCAGCAGCAGCAAAAAAAGAAAGGAGCCUUUUGCAAGGAGGCGAGCGCCGUUUCCCCAUUUUUCCGCCCCGCGAGGAAUCUCGAGGAUUUUACAAUUUGCAUUAUUAUUGUUGUUAUUUUGCGGCCCCGCGCUGCACGCCUGGGACACGGGGAGCAGUUGGCAGGGAGACGGAGAGAGAGAGACCCAUGGCCUGAUCUGCAGCGAGAGAGGAUUUGCAGCGCUCUUCUUGGAGGGGUUUGGUGGGGGGUGGGGAUCCUGUUUUGCUUUGGGGUGGGGGUCAAGGAGGCCAAAAAAGGGUAAAAACAAGCACACCUUCCCGCCGCCGGAGAACUUAAAUUUGGAUAUCUAUCUUGGGUGCCCCGAAGAGGAUGUGAAGGAGGCGCCGGGAGCCAGACCCACCGAGCGGCCUCCUUUUUGGGGGGAGGUCAGGAAGAGGCUUGGGGGGGUUUCUGCACGCCUGUUUGGGGGUUUGCUGCCUUGGCGUCGUGGUCGUUUCCCCGCCGCCCAGCCCCAUAGAAAUCCCCUUAUGUGGGGCGGAGGCUGCGCCUGCCCUGAUCCUCCUCGCCGGGGCUGCUGCAUCUGAUGAAGAAGAGGCCGAAGAUGGGGGAUUUCUACGACCCGGAACACCCCACCCUGGACACAACUUUCAUGUCGAAGGAUCCCAGUGGACAUCAUAAACCUAAUACGUCCAGCAUCCCUGAAAUGCAGUCACCUCUGAGGUGGAAAGGGACAGACAACUGGUGUAUCUUUCCACAGAAUAUGGAUGGGUCUGAAGAGGUAGAAAGAGAAGAAGAAAAUGAUGGCAAGACAGAAAAUGCACAGAAACCUGGUUUUGUCAAAGGGACAGUGUUCAAAGGAGUCGCGUCUAGCCGUUUCUUGCCCAAAGGCACCCGGACAAAAGUUAACCUUGAGGAACAAGGCAGACAAAAGGUGUCCUUUAGCUUCAGCCUAACCAAGAAAACUUUGCAGAACAGAUUUCUGACUGGCCUUGGGAACGACAAACAAAACGAGGCUCCGAGCUCCCUGGGCACACCUCUUCAAACUGACAUUGCCUCUAAAUUUAAAGUGGAUUUUGGGGAUUAUCCGGAGGUUGUGGAGGAAUUUUCACCCCCAAAGCCCAAGGUGGAAUUAGGCAAGAUCCACUUUAAGAAACAUCUGCUGAAUGUUACAACAAAGCCGCCCCCUGCUGCCGCCGUGCCACUGCCACCAGCAACUGUAGGGCCAGCUACUGCAGCAGAAUUUGUGGAAUUGCCACCAUCACCGCCGCCACCCCCUCCUCCCCCUCCCCCUCCUCCCCCUCCACAAACACUACCAGCGCCAAAACCAGUACUAACCCCAGAAAUUUUGCCACAACUUCCAGUAGCAGUACAAACAGCAGCCGCACCUCUGUUGCCAUCACCUGUAGAAACUGUUGUACACUUAGCAAAGGAGCCUUCAGUGAAAGCAGCUCAGGAAACUUUAGAAUUGAACAUUAAGCAAAAUGCUGUGUUGGAAGGCUCCGAAGAACAGCUAGCUCAGGUUAUUCCUGAAGAAGCGGAACUAGUCCCAGCGAAAGGAGAUUCCCAUAUUGGGAGGGAGGAGGACGUUUCAAGUGCUUCAAAGGGUGCUUCUCAAAGUUCUAAGAAACAAGGUUCCAAGAGGAAGUUGUCUGAUGGAGCAUUGCCAGGUUCCGAAUCUGAUGAAGAUUCCGUGAGGACGUCUUCAAGUCAGAGAUCUCACGAGAUUAAAAUAUCAACAAGCUCAGAGAAGGAAAAAGAUUCACGAAAGAGCUCUACGUCUGUCAAAACUGAAGAGCAGGUGAAAAGUUCGUCACGGUCUAGAUCUGAAAGGGAUGAAAAAUAUUCUAGUUACUCCUCCAGAUCUGAUAGAGACUCAAAGUAUUCUUCCUCCCGUUCCAGAUCUGAAAGAGAGAGGAGGCGAAGCAGGUCCCGUUCUCGUUCUAGAUCAGAGAGAGGUUCCAGAACCAGUUCUUCCUAUUCCAGAUCUGACCGGUCACAUUACUAUGACUCUGACCGGAGGUACCACAGGAGCUCACCAUACAGAGAGAAGACACGAUAUUCUCGUUCAUACGUGGAUAGCAGGACAAGAGAGAGCUCUGAUUCAGAAGAAGAGUAUCGGAGGACAUACUCCAGGUCUACAGACUCCAGGCGUACAUCCUCUCAUUCCUCAUCUUACAGAGACUCUAGGACCUCUUUUUCUUAUUCAAAGUCUGAGCGGGAUAGCAAGUUGGAAUCCUCUCAUACUGACUCAGAGAGAAAAGGAAAGCCUACAAAAUCAGACAGGGACUCCAAAAGGACUUCAGAAAGUGACGUAUCAAAAAAGUGCUCUCCAGUCAAUGAGCUGCGUCAUCGGGGGGGAGCAUCCCACUCUAAAGCAGAGAGCAGUGUGAGUUCUUCCCGACACAAGUCCUCCUCUUCAAAGACAUCUACUCCAAAGUCUGAUAAAUAUAAAAGUUCUUUCUGUUGUACAGAAUCUGAGGAAACCAGAGAGCAGUCUAAUUGUAUAGACUUGGAGGCGUCUUGUGUACAAAGCUGUGAAACGAAAACUGCUAUUGCACAGAAGCCAGAAACAGAAAGGACUGUUUCUCCGCUAAAUCAGUUGAAUGAUUCACCUAUUUUCAAAAAGUUAAAUGAAUCAAAAGAGAUGUCUCCUAUUUCUAAAUCAAAAGUACUUGCAGGAAUUGAUAGCCAUGACAGUAUUAAGGAAGAGGAGUCCGUAAUCAAGGUAAAACAUGAACCAUUAAGAACUUGUUCUCCAGUAGAAUCGAAUAUAAAUGGGUCCCCAGAAGGAAGGCCCAGUGAUAGGGCAUUGUUCCGUGCCCCCAAAAUAGAAGAAAUUGCAACAUCUGAUGAUAGUUUAGACGGAACUGAGCCACCACUUCAAGUCAAUAGUCCAAAUUUGAGUAAGUUACCGUCUAAUGGGUUUCAGAGUGUGUAUCAGCCUAAAGGACACGAUCUGGAUGAUUCUCUUGUCCUCUUGAGUGACUCCAACAGUUUUCUUAAAGAAAAAAUGGAAGACUCAAUUCCUUCUGAGUAUGAUUGUGUACCUUCUUGUAUUGUGAAUGUAAAUAAUUCUAAAACACAUACAGAUAAAGCGGAUGAUCUCACAGAUCCUUGUGAUAAAACCAAAGAUCCAGACUCCUGCUAUCUUUCAGAUGCUGCAGCUCUUUCUUUGUAUUAUUCAGAAGUUGAAAUUGAAGCUGAGCCUUCCAAUGUCGAAGAUCAAAAUCCGUCAAAAAUUGCUCAUGAGGAUGAAAAACGAGUUAGACGUUUCAGCUUAUCAGAGUGCAGCCCAGUCCGAGAUUCUUCUGCAGAAGAAUAUUUUGUGGAAGAGAAAUUCGACAAUCAGUGUAUUGCGCAGCAACAACAGGCUUCUGAAAAUGUGUUGUCCCACCCAGAGACAACUCUGGGGGAGGAAAAGAAGGAAGAACUCUUGGAGUGUCCCGAAGUAGCACUUGAAUUAGACGUUUCACAUGUUGAUUCCGUUGUAGAGAAAACAAUAUCGCCUUUAAAAAAUGAGCACUCUUAUUAUUUAGAGAUGCCAACAGAAGACUCUGAGAAAGAGGAGCCAGACGAUGAGGAAGGCUCUGUGGUCCUUGAUGAAAGAACUGUGGUUGCUGACUCGAAGGCCCACGCUCCUGAAGUCUUGAUGGUAAAUGAAAAAAGUGAUGACUCCUUGGUAGGAUCUGCAUUUUCAGACGCUUUGUCCCCAUCUUGCGAUGUUGUUGUGACGGUAGAAGAAACGGAAACUGCUGCCGAAGUGCCCAGAUGUGACAGUAGAUGCAGUACCCCUGAGCUCACUUCCAUCCACCGUGAAGAGUAUUCGGAUACAGCUGAAAGUGCAAGUGAACAGGACAGUGAUGACAGUGACACAGAGGACUCUGAUUCAGAUGAUAGCAGUGUUCCAAGGAACCGCCUUCAGUCAGUUGUGGUCAUUCCAAAGAAUUCUACCAUAACCAUGGAGGAGAACAGUUCAUGUUCCUCUCGGAACAGCCAAAGUAACAGACGCUAUGUGGUUCACUGGGAAGAUGGCAGGCCAGAGUCCAGCAGACCAUUCUGUGAAGAAAUGCCGGAUGACGUGGGAUCCAAUAAUGGCCUGCAAAAUGAAAGCAAGUAUCUGCCUUCUAGAGAUGCAGAGGGGAGGCUAGCAAUCUCUACUGAGCUCAACAGAACAGAGCGUGAAGACCUCCGGCCUGCUAUCUCCCAUCCUCAGAGCGAUGGCGUUGACAGUACGAGUCAGUCAGAGCAGACAGCAGGUUUUAUUCACAAGCCAAACCCAGAUGAAAGAUCAAUAUUAACUGAAAGCAUGUCUGUGGCUCGAUCAAUUGACGUAUCGCAGGAAGGGGAGCUGCAUUAUCUUUCCAAGAACUUUGAAAUGAUUGACAAUAUGUCCAGGCUGCAGACCAGUGUUUCCAAGCCUGACAGCAGGCAGGGGAAGCCUGGUUUUGGCGAGCCCAUGGAAACUGGAGAUUUCUCCAGAGAGGAUGGCUUUCAUUCAGCAGAAGACUUGAGUAGCUUGGGGUGGGAUUUCUCCCAACCAGAGAAACCAAGCAGUACAUACCAACAACCUGAUAGUAGCUAUGGCAUUUUCCCAGGUUAUGUUUACCCCCCAGCUCCGGGAACAUUUGUUGGGCCUCAUAACUACUGGCAUGACAAUGGCUAUUGGGAUCCAAGGUUGACUAAUAGACCCCCUGAGAUUAACUAUGAGCAAAUGCAAGGGCAGGUUCCCGAUUCGCUUACAGAAGACCAUGAAGAGUAUGAAGAAGUUGACCGGUGGGUUGACGAAAGCCACGCCUUCUUCCCCAACCAGUCAGUGAAGUUCCAGUCACGUGACCCUAGAGAGAAGGGUUCGGUGCAGGCCCAUGAGAUAAGCAGCAACUCCACUAAAGAGCCAAUGGCCCCAAGUGAGAGGAAAGAGCAGGCAAAUAAGGCUUUGGAUAAGAAUGACAUGAAAGAGCGGGGACCAUUGAAGAAAAGGAGGACAGAUUUAGAGAGUGACUCGGAGAGCGAUGCCGACUUCCGGGAAAGGAAGAAGGUCAAGACAGAGGGAGAGCGGUUGGCAGCAAUACUUCAGGACUCUUCAAUGGUUCGCCCGCUAUGUUUCAUGGAAGAUUUCAGAGACUCGCAGCGUUGGAAAGAGUUUGCCAAGCAAGGGAAAAUGCCCUGUUACUUCGACCUCAUUGAAGAAAAUGUGUAUUUGACGGAAAGGAAAAAGAAUAAAUCUCACCGUGAUAUCAAGCGGAUGCUGUGUGAAUGUCCCACGCUUUCAAAAGAUGAGCGAGCUCAAGGAGAGGUGGCGUGUGGAGAAGACUGUCUUAAUCGUCUACUCAUGAUAGAAUGUUCCUCAAGGUGCCCCAAUGGGGACUACUGCUCCAACCGGCGGUUCCAGAGGAAGCAGCAUGCAGAUGUUGAAGUCAUUCUGACAGAGAAGAAAGGCUGGGGGUUGAGAGCAGCAAAAGACCUACCCUCCAACACUUUUGUACUGGAAUACUGUGGUGAAGUGCUCGAUCACAAAGAGUUCAAAACCCGAGUGAAGGAGUAUGCCCGAAGCAAGAAUAUCCAUUAUUACUUCAUGGCAUUGAAAAACGAUGAGAUAAUAGAUGCCACCCAGAAAGGAAACUGCUCUCGUUUUAUGAACCACAGCUGCGAGCCAAACUGUGAGACGCAGAAAUGGACAGUGAAUGGACAGCUGCGAGUUGGCUUCUUCACCACAAAACUUGUUCCGUCAGGCUCAGAGCUAACCUUUGACUACCAGUUCCAGAGAUAUGGCAAAGAGGCACAGAAGUGUUUCUGUGGCUCUGCCAACUGCCGGGGUUACCUUGGGGGAGAAAACCGGGUCAGCAUUAGAGCCGCAGGAGGCAAAAUGAAGAAGGAGCGGUCUCGUAAAAAGGAUUCGGUGGAUGGAGAAUUAGAGGCACUCCUGGAAAAUGGAGAAGGACUUUCAGAUAAAAAUCAAGUUCUCAGCUUGUCUCGGCUGAUGGUGCGAAUUGAGACUCUGGAGCAAAAGCUCACCUGUCUCAAACUUAUACAGAAUACUCACUCCCAGGCCUGCCUGAAGACGUUCUUGGAAUGUCAUGGAUUGUCCCUUCUCUGGAUUUGGAUGGCAGAGCUUGGUGAUGGCAGGGGAAACAUAGCCAACAACUUGAAACUCCAGGUAGAGAUUAUGAAGACUUUGGAGCUUUUGCCUAUUCCCAAUAAAAACAUGUUGGAGGAGAGCAAAGUGCUUCCGAUUAUCCAGCGCUGGGCUCAGACUAAAUCUGCUAUUCCACAUCUCAGCGAAGGAGAUGGUUAUUCGAGUGAGAACACAUCACGGGCUCAUACUCCACUCAACACGCCCGAUCCUUCUGCUAAGCCUAGUGUGGAGGGUGACACGGACACGCCCAAGAAGCUUGCUUUCCGGAAGCUCAAGAUCAUAAGUGAAAACAGCAUGGACAGCGCCAUCUCCGAUACGACCAGUGAGAUUGAGCUGAAGGAGGGCAAAGAGGAACUUGAGCAUCCAGACAGUGUCCCAACAGAGGCAGCAGAGGAACAGCCACCCCAACAGGAGCCUGGCAAGGAUGCUGCUGCCGAGGCCUCAGCAGACACCAGCAAAUCUCAAGCUGUCGAGCAGGAUGUGGAGCCUGAGACAGAGAUGAAAGAGACCUCUGCUGCAAAGCUGGAGGAAUCUGUGGCUGCAGAAACACCCUCUCAAGAUGAAGAGGAGGGCGUGUCAGAUGUGGAGAGUGAGAGGAGUCAAGAACAGACGGAUAAGAUAAUAGAUGCAAGUGAUUUGGCGACCAAGCUUCUAGACUGCUGGAAAGACCUAAAAGAGGUGUACAGGAUCCCGAAGAAGAGUCAAGCAGAAAAGGAGACCACUGCAGAUCGUGGGAGAGAGUCAGCAGGUCGAGACCCAGCUGCUACCCCAAAAAACCUGAGCAGAGAACGAGACCCCGAAAGGCAAAGUCAAAGCAAGGAAAAGAAAAAACGCAGAGAUUCUUUGUCACCCCCAUCGGCGUAUGAACGAGGCACCAAACGACCAGAUGACAGAUAUGACACACCAGCCACCACCUCCAAGAAGAAAGUCCGGAUCAAGGACCGCAACAAGCUGUCCACGGAGGAACGCCGGAAGCUCUUUGAGCAGGAGGUUGCACAGCGGGAGGCCCAGAAGCAGCAGCAGCAGCAGCUGCAGACCCUUGGGAUGGCCUCCCCUCUUCCCUACGACUCCCUGGGCUACAGUGUCGCACACCAGACCUUCAUGGGCUACCCGCCUGGCUACCCCAUGCAGGCCUACGUGGACCCCAGCAACCCCAAUGCCGGGAAGGUGCUGCUCCCCACCCCGAGCAUGGACUCCAUAUGCUCCCCGGCCGCCUACGAGCACCCUCAGACUUUGGUCGGGCACACAAUUGAGUCGGCUCUGGCCGCCCCUCAGCCGGUGCCCGUCGUUCAGCACAUAGCAGCAGGCACCCUGGAGGUGUCCACUCCGCAGUACGUAGCGCAGGGUGACCCGGUGGUCCACCAAGAGCAGAGUGUUGCGGUCUUGCCGGUGCCGGCCCCGGUGCAAGGACAAAGCUAUGGAGUCUGGGAUUCCAGCCAGCAGCCAGUAGCAGUGCAGCCGCCCUAUUCUCCAGCCCAGUCCCAGCCAGCCAUCUACUACCAAGGGCAGGCCUGCCAGGCUGUUUACGGAGUCGCGUCGCCCUACUCGCAGUCCACGCCGCCCAUCGUGCAGAGCUACGCACAGCCAGGUCUCCAGUAUAUCCAGGGGCAGCAGAUUUACACUGCUCAUCCUCAGGGCGUUGUGGUGCAGCCUACGACGGCAGUGACAACUAUUGUAGCCACAGGACAGCCCCCACCUAUUCAGCAGCCGGAGCUGGUGGUUACCAACAACCUCUUGGACCUGCCCCCGCCAUCUCCUCCCAAACCCAAAACCAUUGUCCUCCCUCCGAACUGGAAAACCGCCCGAGAUCCUGAGGGGAAGAUCUACUACUAUCACGUGGCCACCAGGCAAACCCAGUGGGACCCUCCAAACUGGGACAGUCCGGAAGAUGAUGCCAGCCUUGAGCACGAAGCUGAAAUGGACCUUGGAACCCCAACUUACGACGAAAACCCCAUGAAGUCUUCCAAAAAGCCCAAAACGGCAGAAGCAGACACUUCCAGCGAGCUGGCAAAGAAGAGCAAGGAGGUGUUUCGAAAGGAGAUGUCUCAGUUCAUUGUGCAAUGCCUGAACCCCUACCGCAAACCAGACUGCAAAGUUGGGCGGAUAACCACAACUGAAGAUUUCAAGCACCUUGCACGAAAGCUGACCCAUGGAGUCAUGAACAAGGAGCUGAAGUACUGCAAAAACCCCGAGGACCUCGAGUGCAAUGAGAACGUGAAACACAAGACCAAGGAGUACAUCAAGAAGUACAUGCAGAAAUUUGGGUCCGUUUACAAGCCCAAAGAGGACACAGACUUGGAGUAGCGGUCGCGGCAGGGAAGGCAUCCUCGCUCCCCUACCCAGGACACUUCUUAUUUUUCUUUUGUUUUCCACAGGAUUUCCGUCUCUCUCCCUCUCUCAAUCUUUCCAAGUUGGGUUUGAGGAGACCAGGUGGAAACUGCAGUGGGGGGGGGGGGAGAGAAGCUAACUCGCACAAACAAACACACCCACCCCAUGGUACAGUUGUGACUCACUCACCCCACCCCUCGUUCCCUCUCUGCAAGAUAAGCCAGAACUUCCGGUCCGUUUGGUGCUGUUUUAGCGCAACAAACUCUAAAGCGCAUCUCGUCUCUCUCCCCUGCGAGAUCUGUAUCAUAUUUUAACGUAUAUGUGAAUAUAUUGAGUUCUCCCACCCCCACCCACCCCCUUUUAGCCCGACACGUGUUGAUAUCAUGGGAACACUUUGUAAGAAUAGUUUUGAGAAAGGGGUGGGGUGGGGGUUUGUUUUUGUUUUUUGUUUUUUUUGUUUUCCUUUCUUUUUUUCGUUCUCCGCAAGGUUACUCUGUUAUCAUGUAAAUAUUUGCGAACAGGCUGCCUCGGGGUUUCUGGCAAGCCGCGUGCUAUGUUGAUAAGAUUGAUUUUACUGCUUAAAUCAUUUUACUUUAUCCAAUUUUUACUGAAGUUUUUAUGUAAAAGAAAAAAAUUAAAAAAUGAAAUAAAACGGCAAUGAAAGAACAAUGGCCGCUCUUGGGUUUUUGUGCGCCGUUUGAAAAAAGCGGUAUCUUUUUCCGCAGUGGAAGUUUAUGAUCCUUGAGACGGCUUUUACCUUAGUCUCUCUCUUAAAGAAAAUAUGAGGCAAGAUUCACCAACGAACACCCUGUGUAAGCACUUCCACAGCGAGGCUGUUCCACCCUACCCCCCCCCCCUUGAAAUAGGCUCUGGGGCUGUCGGGAGAAUCCCCCAGUACAGUUUGUGAGGGGCAGGGAGACGAUGUCAUUCUGUCUGGCAAACUGAUAUGUACAUAACCAUAUUCAACAUAACCAGACGUCAGAUUCCACCCAAGGCUUCUAGUCCUCAUGCUACAUCACAUUCCUGGGAACUGUCGUUUGCUGAUGGGAAUUGUGGCUCAGCGAGGGCAGAACUACAGUUCCCAGGAUUCUCUGGGGAAAGCCACUUGCUUUAAAUGCAUGCUGUAGGUACGACCCGAGAUCUGGAAGUUGCUGCUUCUUGGCGACUUCUUGUAGCUGAGUAAGAUUGUCUUCCAUAAACAUGGUUUUAACAAUGAGUCCGUAAAUAUGCUCCGUUUGGAGUGUUAUGCUUCCGUUGUGAGUGCUACACUUCCGUUUUGAGUGGUAUGCUGAGAUCUGUCUGUUUUUGCUAUUUUAUUUUGCAUUUUUGCAAGUUUUUUUUGUUUUGUUUUUGUGACUGUGUGGAGCCCAGUUCAGCUACUGAUUGAUUGUGUGAGUGCAGUACAUUGUUUAUUGCUUCCAUUUCAUGGAUCAAUGGUCUAAUAGUUAGAUAGUAAAAUUCAUGUUAAAUUGCUGUUUUAGGGGUUGUUUUUAAAAGUCUGGAACAAUUAAUCCAUUUUGCAUUACUUUCUAUGGGAAAGCAUGUCUUGGUUUUGGAACAGUCUUCUGGAACGGUUUAUGUUUGAAAGCCAAGGUACCACUAUAAAUGUCUCACCCACAGGGCCAUAGUCUCUCUACGAGUGGUGUUUUCUGAAAUCUCCCCUGCACCAUUGCCAAAGGCAAUCUCACUAACAUGUCUGUCCUGAGUUGAUUCAGUUUUGAUCAAAUGGAAGAAGUAAGAUGUCGUUGGCUGUCCACCUUGAACCAUCUGCAGACUUGCACAGGCACUAUUCCCGAUUUGGCUACUAAGUUCUAGGAAUGUGUUGUCGAACAACCUGCGUUUAAGUAUCUCAAAUGCAGAAUUUUCCGGAAAGGGGGUCUACUGAGAUUCCUAUCGUGUUUAGUUAUGUUCUCAAUCUCUCUUAACCAUCCUGAUGACUGGUAUUCCGCUCACAUGGCCAUAACCAGACUAUUUGAGAACCGCGUUUAACAUGUGCACUGAUCAUAGAAUUGUAAAUCUUCAUAUUGUGGUGUGCCACUCGUGUCUCGGAGUGAUGCAAGAUUCCAGGGAUUCCCGGCACUUACUCAAGGCUCGUGUUUCCUUUGGCACGAGGAACAGCAGAGGCUUUGGUGUGUUAAUGGUAUAUGGUUUAUUACACAUAUAUACACAAUGUGAGCCUACAAAGCAGAGGUUCCCAGCACCAACACCCCAAGAGGGUCUUGCUUCUCCCAUUGCUGCAGCCUUCGGUUCAAACAGAAAUCAUGUGUCGCUUUGUCUCCCUCGCUUCCCAGUCUGCUGCUUCCAGCUUCUAGCUCCUAAAUUCACAUACGUAACUCAACUCUGGCCUUUAUCUUUCUAACUACCUCCUCCUUCUCUGGCGAUCCCUCGUAGCCGAGUAAGAUUGUCUUCCAUAAACACAGUUUUAACAAUGAGUCCGUAAGUGACUGUGGAGGCCAAUUCUGGAUCCACACGUCCUUCCACAGUGGGGACAUUGGUUCCCGGGUGGGAGUUGAUCACGGUGUGGAUUUGCCAAGCGUGCCUUCCCAUUAGCAUGUUUCUCCCUUGCGUCCUGCGUUCGAGUGUCUUCAAAGCCCAUGACACCUUUGGUAAAGGCUGUUCUCCACCUGGAGCGCUCGCAGGCCAGUGUUUUAUAUGGGCUUGCUUAGAAAAGGAAGGGCCUCCUCCUCUGUUUCUGUGGGUCAUGCCCUGCUAGAGGCGACUGUCCCGAGUCACACCAAACGGCAAUUGCAUUUUAAAACUGGAAAGUACAUUCCCCCCUUCUCCUUACCUACAAAGGUAUUAGAUGGAGACACAUGGUAACGCAAAUAACUAGUUUCUAGGCUUCAGCAGUGUUUAGUGAAGGCAGGGAGAAGAAAAGGCAGCGAGGGGAAGCAAGGAUUGGGAGAGGAAAAGAAGUCGUUUGCCAAAAGAGGCUGCUGGAUCAGGCCGCACCCAUCUAGUUUAGCAUCCUGUUCUCAAAGAGGCCAACCAGAUGGGGAACCUGCAAGCAGGAUUCUUGAGGUUUCCAGAACCUUUGCUGUCUCCGGCUGUGGAGGCAGAGCAGAACCAUCAGUGCUAGUAGCCGUUGAUGAUGUUAUACUCCCUGAAUUUGUC